UCAAUACAUUGUUGAGAUAUUGGCGGAUUAAAAAGAAAUAAAAUGACGAGUUCUGUCACUCGCACCACCUCCAGGCAGAUUGAGACGAAAAUGUUGAAAGAGGAGCGAGAAUAUGACUACUUGUAUGAUCCAGUUUACACCGUGUCAUCAGAGGUCGACCAUGCUAGAUCCAGUUUUAAAAGUUUUAAGGGUCAAGUUAUUAAAAUGCCAUCGUUUGAGUCCAUGUUCAGCAAUGAAAGGGUGACUUUCCGGCUGGACCCAAAAGGUGACCUGGUGCCGGCAUUUGUGGACCGUCGAUGGCGUGGACACGCAGAACGACACCAGCAGGCCCUGCAGCAACUGGCCGGGGUGAUCCCAAAUGUUCAGCCUUUGAUGAAAAGGGAAGAGUGCCAGUUGAGUGGAGCUGAUCACUGGAAGUAUUAUAAAAGACCUCAUCUUCCAUAUGUGGAACAGAUUGCCUUGGAUGUGAAUCGUGAUGCUUAUCAAGAAGACUCUAGAGAAACUAGAGGUAGACCUAACACCCUGGACCCCCCUACCCACUUCACAGUGGCGGUCCAGACAGACUACAGGGAGAGUGAAGCACAGACGGACCCCUACACUCCUGACUAUUUGCUACAGUGUGGCACCACCCCUUCAGAGCUGCUGACCUUGGCGUCUUUCACCUGGGAGCGAGGUCUGCCGGCCAGUAUAGAAGAAGUGGAAAUGAUCGAGCGAGCGCGGGCAAGGCGGGUCUAUGAGGAGAGAUUUCCUUCGCUUAAUGACGUCGAUCAGCUGCACAAAAGGAGGCGUAUGAUGGAGAUAAUGGAGGCCAAAGAGUGGGCUUUCAGAGAAGGCAAAAUACAGAAGUUGCAGGACGCUCGUCUGGCCGUGCUGGGGGAGAUGUUGCAGCAGAGAGACCACGCCGAGGUGGCCUUCACCAAAGAGAGACUCAAUAAUAUUUACUCCAAACUUCUCAAAGAGAAGGAGACCAAGCUCCACAAGGUUGACAAGGACCACAUGAGAUCAAUGAGGAAGCUGGAGGCCAAGAGGAGAAACAUGGAGGCGAUUAUCAAGCAGCUUGGCACUUGUAAAGACUACAACAUUUACUCUUCUUUGACUAGUGCAUCACGAGCCUGCGGGGACAAAGUCAAGAAAAGUCAAAGUUAUGAAUUCAAACGCUUGGAGACUUACGACGGCUCGUUCAAUCAAGUGCACAAACCCGCCGACCCGUAUAAGCAGCAGAAGAAGUACGCCAAAGCCAAACUCAACAUGAGCAAAGUCAUCAUAAGGCCGCCCGAGAGCAGAAGAAGCUUUCUGUUACAGAAGUACAAGGACCUGAAGGAGGAGCUGGCUAAAUAUCUCGUCAAGAAGGAAAAGCCUGCUCCUCGUCCUGUUACCCCCACUGUGGAGGAGCCCCCAGAGGGCGAGGAAGAGAAGGAGCUGGCAGUCAUCCAUCUGCAGAAACUACUGAGAGGAAGAAGCAUACAAACUGAGAUAUUUAACGACAAAGAGAACCACCUGGACCUUAUCAAGGAACUGAGGACCACACACGCCCUGAGAGCAAAGGAACAGCGGAUGCAGGAGGCCGACAAAGAACUGGUCUUGGCCCUCAAAGAGGAGCGAGAAAAGUUGCGACUUAAGAGGUCGCGCGAGGAGGCUUCCCGCGCUGCAGCCGUGGGCGCUGAGCUGGAGUACGCCUUCGACACUUUGUCCAAGGAGCUGAUCCGUCUCCAGGAGGAGCGCCGCAUCCACGCCUUCACCCUGCUGGCCGAGAGGGAGCGUCUGCGCAGGGAGGCCGAGGAGAGCGGGAAGAGGCAGACCGAGGAGCGCCGACGAAUGGAGGACGACGAGAUCUUCAGACAAGUGGUGCAGGUCCACCAGGAAACGGUGGACUUGUACUUUGAGGACGUCAUCCUGGACACAAUGGAGAUAACAGCAGACCAGCAGGCCAGAGAGGAGAUCCGCAGGGUGGCCAAGGAGGUCAAUGACAUUGCCUACGCCAUCGAGGAGAGCCGCAACAACCUUCAGUCAGAGGAGAUCGUGUCGGAAUUGGUGUACAGCUUCUUGAUCCCAGAAGUGGAAAAGAUCAGCGUCAGGCAGAGAGUGCAAGAGAGACAACGCAGACACCUGCUGGCGGUCCGCAGCAUCGUGGAGGGUCUGCCGCAGCCGCAGAUCCAGUCGAGCACGAUGGGCACGCCGCAGGUGACCCGCUUCUCUGAGGUGGCGGCCCAGAAAGCCUUGGACCAGAUGCUAGACCCGGAUCAGAGCGAGGACGCGGCCGAAUAACGCAAACGUUACACUGUCGCUUGUAACAUCCAAUACAAGACUUGUAUCAAAAAUGAGGUAACAAGAUAAUGCUCAUGUUUCAUGACAAUACCAGAUAUUCAUUUGACAUGUUUAUUAAUAACUUUCACGCCUUAUGACUUGCUGGCAUGACUUAAGAUGCAGCCGCUCUAAUCUUUUUUUCCUGUGAGCCCACUUGUUGUUGUCUCAUUUUUCCACAUAGUCUUAUUCUACUUUAGAUGUCACACCUGUAAACAUACAGUGGGUACGGAAAAUAUUCAGGCCCCUUUACACUUGUCACUCUGUUUCAUUGCAGCCAUUUGCUAAAAUCAAAAAAGUUCCGUUUUAUUUCUCGUCAAUGUACACUCAGCACCCCAUAUUGACAGAAAAAAACUGAAAUGCAGAAAUGUUUGCAAAUGUAUUAAACUGAUCAAUCACAUGGUCGUAAAUAUUCAGACCCUUUGCUCAGUAAAGUGGAAGCACCUUUUGAGCAAGUGCAGCCUUAUUAGUCUUCUUGGGAAUGAUGCAACAUGUUUUUUUACACCUGGAUUUGGUGAUCUUCUGCAGUGUCUGUCAGGUUGGAUGGUAAAUGUUGGUGGACAGCCAUUUUCAGGUCUCUACAGAGAUGCUCAAUUAAGUUUAGGUCAGGGUUCUGGCUGAGCCAGUCAAGAAUGAUCACAGAGUUGUUACAAAGCCACUCUUUUGUUAUUUUUAGCUGUGUGUUUAAGGUCAUUGUCAUGCUGGAAGGUGAACCUUCGGCCCAGUCUGAGGUCCUGAGCACUCUGGAAGAGGUUUUCUUCCAGGAUAUCUCUGUUCAUCUUUCCUUCAAUUGUAACCUGUCACACCCCCAUAGCAUGAUGCUGCUGCCACCAUGUUUCACUGUUGGGAUUGUAUUGGGCAAGUGGUGAGCAGUGCCUGGUUUUCUUCACACAUACCACUUUGAAUUAACACCAAAAAGUUCAAUCUUGGUCUCAUCAGACCAGAUGUGUUUUUUUGGAAAACUCGAUGCUUAUAUGUGUUGCACUGAGGAGAGGCUUCAGUCGGGCCACUCUGCCUUGGAGGUGGAGGGCUGCAGUGAUAGUUGACUUUGUGGAACUUUCUUCCAUCUCCCUAAUGCAUCUCUGGAGCUCAGCC